UGCAACUCUAUCGCCGAAUUGUAAACAAUUUUUUCUUUGUCCUUCAUAUGUAUUUAUUUUCACAUUCUAGUUAACGUUUUUUAUCAAAAUAAACGAACAAAUGGACGGCGUUAAUGUUGCAAAGUAUUUCUCAGCUUUAGAGACUCUGAAACUCACAGAUGACGAAGGGGUUGCAGGAAAUAACCUUGGUGUUAACCGAAGGCAUCGCUUGGAACUCAAUAUUUCAAUACUGCAGAAGUUAAUACCAGCGGAAGUAAACGUAUUACUUCAGGAAAUUCUAGUCACACUUAAUGCUCAGUGGUUGGAAAAUGAGUUGCAAUCUCAUCCUCUUCAUAUCGCUAAUGAAGACAAAGAGCUCACCUAUGUCGCAUAUAUGCAAUUUAUGCUACUCCAAAUUAUAGACAGUGUUGACUUCAACAGCGAAGCUAAAGAAGAUCUCAUAUCGACGCAUCACCUGAACCAAUGUAUUGAAGCAGUACAGGAUGUGGCGACAUAUGCCUUACAUGGGCAGUUACAUAGCACAUUCUAUGAAGCAAGCGUUUUUAAAGAUAAGGUCGCAUCAAAAAGUGGUUGCAGUAAUCCAGCUUUACUUCUAUUAUCCAUAGAAGUAUUUGAGCGCUUCCUAAAAAUCAAGCAACUUCAUAUGGCAAACGCGAUGGAGACGGUGAUGCGGGACUACAUGGCAGCAAUAUUCAGUUUGCGUUUGGCAAAUGUUAAGCAAGAAUUCUCACUGCAGGAACAAUCGCUUAAGGUGUUGCAAAACAAACUCAAUUAUAUUUGGCUAUAUAUAACCAAAGUGGAAUACAUGCGCAAUAUAAUGCUGAUGAAGGGCAUACCACGUGCGCCAACUGACUUGCAAAAGCAACUGCAUCAAGAACUCAUACAAAAACUGCUAUCCAAAGAUGGAUUCACAACGUUGGUUGCAACUUUACAUACGGCACAAAGUGCACAAUCCACUAGAGCUGAUGAGAGCAGAGCGUUGCAAACUGAGAAGCAAGUUUUUGAGAUUAUCUCUAAUAUAGUCGCUUUCCGUGGUCAUACACAACGCGCACAAAGCGUACUGAUAAGACAAGUAUUUAAAUUUCUUGAUACUUGCUUAUUAAAUGAAAGUGCGAUGAUCGACUGUAUGGGCGCUGGGCUGUUAUCACUUCGUCGCCUCUACGAUUUAAGCGCAGUAAAUAAGUCUGAGAUAAGCGAAAUUUUUGCGAAUAAUCUUGCUAAAUUAAGUCAACCGACAGACAUACUUAGCGGACUGAUUGUUUUGGAACAUAGAGAUUUAGCGUUGCUCAUCGCCGCAACAUAUCAACUAUUCUGCAGUUCAACAGUUGAAUGUCUACCCAGUGAAUUAUUGAUUCCUUAUCAGCCGCUGUUUUUGCAAAUGUACUAUCAUAUGCCGGAUGGAUUUCUGCAAAAGAAACAACUUGCAAGCAUUGUAGUGCGUUGUCUACACAAUCGUACAAAUGAUGAGUUGAAAGAAAUUAUAGCCAAAUUGUAUAAGCAAACAUUUGAUAACGAUUGGCAUCGGCUGCAUCCACGCAUAAUUAUCUAUCCUAAUGCCGAGCAAACCCAACUUACUGUAAAAAUAGGUAGCAUCGAUGUAAAACAAGAAUUUAGUCCCUCAUUAGCGCUGCCAGAGCUACUAAUGAUUAAUGAACACCACCAGCUCACCUAUAGAAUAUUCAUGAUUUUAUUGCACCAAAUGUCGCUCACAUUAGCUGACGAUGGUCUCGCCCAACAAGAAACGCAAAUCGAGUUGUUGGAAACCGAGGAAGAGUUGCUUGCAUUCCUUAACUCCAAAUACCCGGUAAAGGUAGAGAUUUUACUCUCCCUUAACACACUUAUAUCGCAUCAACCGCUUAAGGCGCAAAUUUCGGAAAAUACCGUCGAAUUUUUACGCUUCCUACGCAUAUUGCUGCAGCAACGUUUAAGCAAGCGCAAUGCGGCUAAUAUCAGCAGCCAACAAACUGAAGCUAUGGAUCAAACAUUACUUAUUUUACUCACCCUCACCCAAGAGCUACUUGAACAAACACAAAUUCCUGAAACUUACCGAGACUUGGUGCCCGCACUCCGUCAGCUGCAAACGCAAUCGCCCAACCAGCUUAUACAGGAGCGUAUUAAAUGUCUAAUAACGCUGCUUAGUGGCGAAUUAAAAGCGAAUGCCGCACAACAAUCGAGCGCCUUUAAUACAGGGCGCGCCUUAAUCGAAUCCAAAGAGUCUCAUAUGCAGGUCUAUGGCAUACAAAUGUUGUUAGAUUUGUUGCGGCAGCGUGACAGUGUAACGCUAGCCAACGCGCACUUGCUCAUAGCGCUAGCGCUAACCACUCUCAAGAAUCGGGAAUCAUAUACAUUCUUGAAUUGCGUACGGCUGUUCGUUGGUCUGGUGCAUGUGAUGGAAGCCGAAGUGCUGGAAACAUUGUCCGAUGAGUACCUUAGCGACCAGGCGCAAAUCGAUUAUCGGUUGGUGGUGGGAGAAGCGAUGCUAAAAGUGGGACAAGAAUUGGGUCCAUUAUGCUAUAAAUAUAAAGAUACAUUGCUGAAUUGCUUUAUGCAUGGCGCGCGAAGUCCACUUAAUGAAUUCCGUAUGUCGUCCUUUUCGAAUCUGGCGCAAUUGGCGCGCAUACUUUGCUAUCAAGUGCAAAAAUUCUUCCAAGAACUGCUCAACCUUGUCGAUUGUGAGCUAAGUACUGGCAAAUACCUGCCUGCCAAGCGCGCUGCUACCUUGGUGCUAAGCGAACUGCUGGCAGGCAUCGAUAAUCUGCUGGAAUUUGAAGAAAUGCUAUUGCCAAUUUAUCGCGUUCUCAAGUUAAUCGAAGCCGACGAAGAUGCUGAUGUAAAAAUGCGUCAGCAUGCUGCCAAUGGCCUUAAAACUUUGGCGGAAAAAUGCAAAAAGUUCCUUUUUCCGGAAGCGCAACUACUACAAAAGGAGAUACACAUACUCGGUAUUAAUGAGCCGUCAACAAAUCGGGGUAAUACAAAAAAACACAUUUUAGAGUUAAACUAAAAUACUUGCUUUAUUUUACUUCACAAAAUAUGUGUAUAUUUUUUGUUGGCAUUUUUUUAAAAUAGUUUCUUUAUUGUACCAAGAAUCCGUAUAAAUGCACUGUUCUUUA